AUGAUUACUGGCCCCACGCAACGCUACAGUUUUGAGGAGUGGCUGGAGAGCUGCCUGGCGGAAAAGGACCUGGGGGUGUUGAUCGACAGCCGGCUGCCCAGGAGCCAGCAGUGUGCCCAGGAGGCGGGGCCUGUGAUCCGCCUGACGAAGCGUGUCGUGAUUGUGUUGCAGGAGCCGUGUCCUAAGAAAGCCACAUUGGCUAAAGUCGUGCCAACGCCGAAUAACGGAUCGGUGGAACUAGUGCCGCUCCACAGAGACCAGGGUGAGAAUGGGCAGGAGGCUCUCUCCUUUGAAUUCCAGAAAAUUAAAUACUCGUGUGAGAUAGAUGGCAAGAAACAGUUUCUUCCUGUCGCCUUCCCCGUGGAACAUCCCCUUUGUUACUACCAGAACGCCCGAGGCUAUCAGGAGGACAAAGAUAUCCGAGCAGCUGAGAAGAAAUAUGGUACAAACAAGGCCGAGAUGGUGGUGCCGGAGUUCUUGGAACUCUUUAAAGAAAGAGCUACAGCUCCAUUCUUCGUCUUUCAGGUGUUCUGUGUGGGUUUGUGGUGCCUGGAUGAAUACUGGUACUACAGUGUUUUCACCCUCUCCAUGCUGGUUGCGUUUGAAGCUUCUCUGGUCCAGCAGCAGAUGAGGAACAUGUCGGAGAUUCGAAAGAUGGGCAACAAGCCGUACAUGAUCCAGGUUUACAGAAACCGCAAGUGGCGCCCGAUUUCCAGUGAUGAGAUUAUUCCAGGCGAUAUCGUUUCCAUUGGCCGGUCUCCUCAUGAAAAUCUAGUGCCCUGUGACGUGCUGCUGUUGCGUGGAAGGUGUAUUGUAGAUGAAGCCAUGCUGACAGGAGAGUCUGUCCCGCAGAUGAAGGAGCCUGUGGAGGAUCUCAGUCCGGAGCACGUCUUGGACAUGCAGACAGAUUCCCGCCUACACAUUAUAUUUGGGGGAACAAAAGUGGUGCAGCACAUCCCGCCCCAGAAAGCCAGCACGGGGCUGAAACCUGUCGAUAAUGGAUGCGUGGCGUACGCUCUGCGGACCGGCUUCAACACGUCUCAGGGGAAAUUGCUACGUACAAUCCUCUUUGGGGUGAAGAGAGUGACAGCCAAUAACUUAGAGACCUUCAUUUUCAUCCUGUUCCUGCUGGUCUUUGCCAUUGCUGCUGCAGCAUACGUCUGGAUUGAAGGCACCAAGGAUCCGAGCAGGAACCGUUACAAGCUCUUCCUGGAGUGUACUUUAAUACUGACUUCAGUUGUUCCACCUGAACUUCCCAUUGAGCUCUCUCUGGCUGUCAACACCUCCCUCAUCGCCUUGGCCAAGCUCUAUGUGUACUGUACAGAGCCCUUCCGCAUCCCCUUUGCGGGCAAAGUUCAAGUUUGCUGUUUCGACAAAACGGGCACUUUAACCAGCGAUCACCUGGUAGUGAGAGGAGUAGCUGGGCUCAGGGAUGGGAAGGAAGUGACACCAGUAUCUGACGUUCCUGUAGAAACCCACCGAGCGAUUGCUACUUGCCACUCGCUUGUGCAGUUGGAUGAUGGGACGCUGGUGGGAGAUCCGCUGGAGAAGGCAAUGCUGAUGGCUGUGGACUGGACGCUGACCAAAGAUGAGAAAGUUUUCCCCCGAAGUAUUAAAACUCAGGGACUGAAAAUUCACCAGCGCUUUCAUUUUGCCAGUGCCCUGAAAAGAAUGUCUGUCUUGGCGUCGUAUGAGAAGAUCGGCUCGACUGAUCUCUGUUACAUUGCAGCAGUGAAAGGGGCCCCAGAGACACUGCACAAAAUGCUGUCUCAGUGCCCAAGCAACUAUCACGCUGUCCACACGGAAAUUUCACACGAGGGGGCAAGAGUGCUGGCCCUUGGCUACAAAGAACUGGGGCACCUCACUCACCAGCAGGUGCGAGAGAUGAAACGUGAAGCUUUGGAGUGUGACCUUAGAUUCGUUGGAUUCAUUGUGGUUUCCUGUCCUCUCAAAGCUGACUCUAAAUCCGUCAUCAGGGAGAUCCAGAAUGCAUCGCACCACGUAGUGAUGAUAACAGGAGACAAUCCGCUCACUGCCUGCCACGUGGCCCGGGAGCUGCACUUCCUCCAGAGGGAACACACCCUCAUCCUGCAGCCUCCUGCGAGCAAAGACUCCAGCUGGCGGUGGCAGUCGAUGGACGGUGCGGUCGUGCUCCCGGUCUCGCCAACCUCCUUGCGAGAGCUGACGCGGCGAUACGACCUGUGCGUCACCGGGGAAGGGCUCUCUCACCUGCAGUCCGUGGACGGGCAGCAGCUGCUGAAGCUCAUUCCGCACAUCCAGGUGUUUGCCAGAGUGGUGCCGAAGCAGAAGGAGUUUGUAAUCACCACUUUGAAGAGCCUGGGCUACGUCACGCUGAUGUGCGGGGAUGGGACCAACGACGUCGGAGCUCUGAAACACGCAGACGUGGGAGUGGCACUGCUGGCAAACGCUCCCGAGAGACUGCCCGAGCGGAAGAAGAGAGCUCGAGAUGGCCCCGGUGACGGGAGGCCGGCCCCGCCGUCGAUGGGGAGCGGGACGGUGAAGCCCACCUCCCGUGGUGCCAAGCACAGAGUCAUGUCCCAGAGAGAGGAGCAGCUGGCCAUCCAGAGGGAGCGGAUCAGUCAGGUCCUGAAGGAUCUGGAAGAGGAGCGCGUGCCGGUCGUGAAGCUGGGCGAUGCCAGCAUUGCAGCCCCCUUUACCUCCAAGCUCUCUUCCAUUCAGUGCAUCUGCCACGUGAUCAAGCAAGGCCGUUGCACGCUAGUGACCACGCUCCAGAUGUUCAAGAUCCUCGCCCUGAACGCCCUGAUCCUUGCUUACAGCCAGAGCGUCCUCUACUUGGAAGGGGUGAAGUUCAGCGAUUUUCAGGCAACCCUGCAGGGUCUGCUGUUGGCUGGCUGCUUCCUUUUCAUCUCCAGGUCGAAGGUGAGCCUCGUCUACCUGUACCGCGGCGCCCAGGCGCGCAGCCGCUCCAGGCAGGAGGAGUUCGUGGAUCUCUACAAGGAGUUUGAGCCCAGCCUUGUGAACAGCACUGUCUACAUCAUGUCGAUGGCGAUGCAGAUGGCCACCUUUGCCAUCAACUACAAGGGCCAUCCUUUCAUGGAGAGCCUCCGGGAGAACAAGCCUCUGCUGUGGAGCAUCGUCCUUUCGGGGCUGGCCAUCGUGGGCCUGCUCACGGGCUCUUCGCCGGAAUUCAACGAGCAGUUUGGCUUGGUGGAAAUCCCUACGGAGGUGAGCGGGCAGCGAGUUGUGACAUCUGUCCUCGCCUUGUCAGCAGACCGAAUUCUGCAGUUUCUGCUGGGGAGCGCAAAACUCAAAGUGCCUUCCUGA